GUCUCACUGAGCUGGUGGGCUUGACUGGCUGUGGUGGUGCUGACAUCGACCGACUCGGAUCCACCACUUCCGAUCCUUUGUCGUGAUACCGGGAUUUGCUGGAUCUCCUGCCAUCAGAUGUUUGAAUAUCUCUAAAAUAGCCCGCCCGCCUGGUGGUUUGAUCCCUCCCGCGCCAAACUGAAGUCCAGCCUGGAUGAUAGCACAACUAAACUUCCCAAAAACUCAUGCAAUCAACUCAGAGUUGAUUAACUGUUGAGAUCGUUAGCUGUUGCCACUGCUGGUACUAUCAAAUGCAUCACAUCCUGCACACUGGAAGAUAUUUACUGGGAAACACCUACCAGACAGUGAGUGUUCAAAACAGCAAAGGCCAAGCAUUGCUCUAGCUUUGCCAAGAUGAUGCGGGCAGUGUGUGUUGAUGUACCAGGAGGACCAGAAAAUUUGCUGCUGCGAACUGUCCCUAGACCUCAGCCAAAAGAUGGGGAAGUCCUAAUUAAAGUACAUGCAACUGCCCUCAACAGGGCGGACCUACUGCAGCGGCGAGGGCUGUACCCACCUCCCCCAGGUGGGAGUGACAUCAUAGGCCUGGAGGUGGCUGGUACUGUGGAUACUCUGGGCUCAGGGGUGAAGAGAGGCUGGAAGCCGGACGACAGGGUCAUGGCUUUGCUCUGUGGAGGAGGAUACGCAGAAUAUGUUGCUGUGCCUGAGGAGCUUCUUAUGCCCGUUCCCCCUAAUCUCACACUCGGCCAGGCUGCUGCGAUCCCGGAGACCUGGCUCACUGCUUUUCAGCUGCUGGUUUUCAUAGCUCAGGUGAAGGAGGGUGAGGUAGUGUUGGCUCAUGCUGGAGCCAGCGGAGUUGGAACAGCUGCUGUUCAGCUGGUUCGUCUGUUUGGUGCAGUGCCCAUCGUUACUGCAGGGAGCCCAGAAAAGCUGAAGAUGACUGAGAAUCUGGGAGCAGCAGCUGGGUUUAACUACAAAGAGGAGAGCUUUGCGCAGGGAGUUCACGACUUUACAGGAGGCAAGGGAGCAAAUGUCAUCCUUGACUGCAUCGGUGGGUGUAACUGGGAGCAAAAUGUGAACUCGUUAGCCACCGACGGCAGGUGGGUGCUGUACGGCACCAUGGGAGGCAGGGCAGUAGAGGGAGAUCUGCUGGGCAAACUGCUCUCCAAGCGAGGCCACUUGCUCAGCAGCCUCCUCCGCUCUCGCAGCCUUCAGUACAAAGCAGACCUGGUAAAGGCUUUUUCACGCAGAGUGUUACCGUAUUUCUCAGACCAGCCAGCCUCCUUGAGGCCAGUGAUUGACAGCACAUUCAACCUGGAGGACAUUGCAGACGCUCACAGGCACAUGGAGGCCAACAAGAACAUGGGGAAGAUUAUAAUUAACGUGAUCCCACAGAAUCAGGAAACUCAGUGAUGCUGCAGUAAUAUUAACAGAAAUGUAAUCGCUAUGAAGUACAUUUGAUUUAUGUCAAGGAAUCUUACAACACAGUGUUAUGUGAAAACAAUUUCUUACACAAAUGUUGAUCAUGAUUUUAAAUAUGCCUUAUCCACCAGCAGUCCAAAGAUGACUUUGUUUACAGUGCUGUUUCUUCUGCAGUGUUGUGAUAACUGACACAUGAUUACCCACUCCUAAAUGUUUAUUAUCAGUAUUGUGUUUGUGCUAGAGAUUUAAAGAGAGGCUGCAUAAAUCUUUCCAAACCUUCCUGCCACAGCAGAUCCACGCUGACACUCCUGUCCGCAGAUAUCCUACAAAAUACUAUAGCAUACUUGACAAAAUAUUACAGAAAACAACUAAAAGAAACCUGUGGUAAAAGCAGAGCUGUUUUCCUGUCACACAUAUUUAAACUUAAAUUGACUAAUUAUUGAAGGCACUCUGUAGGAUGUGCAAGAUGUAUUAUGUCAACACAAAAUAUAAUAAAAUAAAAGCGUACUGUACAAUUAAAAAAUAAUAAUAAAAAAAUUACAUACAAAUUUUAACCAGUACGAUAAGCUCGCACUUCCAAAUUUCUCAUAAGUCAUAAUUUGACCUUUAAAAAAUUGUGGUGGCUACUUUAAUUCUACACUGAGGAGAAACCCUUUACAUUUUGGUCAGUUUGCGAGCUUUCUUCUAACCCCACACGCAGGCCAGUUACCUGUCAAGAACAUCAUCUAACUGGCAGAUUUCCUUGAAAUCUGCUAAGGGGAUAAAACCUAUAUAAGACCUUUAUUUUAAUUACCUGGUGACUUUUUGUUGUAUUUUGUCUGUUCAAUUAUUUUGCUGAUGACGCUCUGCCCUCUAGGAUCCUCAUCAUUGUAAUUCAAUAAUUAUCACAGAAUAACAGGGAUUAAGUACAGUUAAAUUGUGGCAUAACUAUCAAAUGGCUGAAUAUAUGAUGAGGAAGUGAUAAAUAUCCAUUUUACUAAUACUUGAACAACAAAUUGAAAUGUUACCAAUUUGGUGCUUUUAUACAAAGUGAAUGAUUUUAUGCUAUUCAACUGCACUAGUAUGUAUGUAUGUAUGUAGAGCAUGAUUUUUUUGUUAUGUCUCUUAACAGACAUUAAAAAGCCUAUUUGCAUGCCACUUGCUAUGUCCUCAGACCCCCAUAAAACUAGACUUUAUAGCAGAAACGUUGUAUUGGAUUGCAUUAGAUUGUGUACCUAAUAAAGUGGCCACAGAGUGAAUAUGCCACCAUGAAAGGGG